GUGCUUUCUCCCACUGCUCACUUGCUCCCUUUACUUGAUCUGUAGUGUCCUCUUUUCUUUUGGCUCUUCUUUUGGUUUCUUCUCAAUUAGAGUGGUGAUUACAAAUUUAAAGUUCAAGAAAACAAUGCAGAUUACACUUCUUCACUACAUUUGAGAAAACGUCAACUGCAACUUCAAAAGGUAAAAAAAAAGAUCAACACUAAAGGAAUUUAUUUCAUUCCAGCUUUAUUUCAACAAACUUUCUUUCUUUUCUACAAUAAUACACAAAAAGAUAUACAAAAAUGGAGCUUCAGAAACUAUCAAAUGGACACCACCAGGAAUUUCAGUCUCUGGAAGAUGGUUUCUCGCCAGAGCAAGAACAUUUUUUACCACAUAAGAACCCUGGGAAAAAAGACACUCAGUUUACAGAUUUUGAAGGGAAGACCUCAUUUGGAAUGUCUGUGUUUAACCUCAGCAAUGCUAUCAUGGGCAGUGGAAUCUUGGGACUGUCGUAUGCCAUGUCCAACACUGGCAUAAUAAUGUUCCUGUUCCUGUUGAUAAGCAUUGCUAUUCUUUCAUCUUAUUCUAUCCAUCUCCUCCUGAAGAGUGCUGGAGUUGUGGGUAUUCGUGCGUAUGAGCAACUUGGCAAGAGAGCAUUUGGUCACCUGGGAAAAAUACUGGCAGCUGUUGUCAUAACAAUGCACAACAUUGGAGCAAUGUCUAGCUAUCUCUUCAUUGUGAAAUAUGAGUUACCUUUGGUCAUUCAAGCCUUUUUGGGUCUUCAGCAUAGCAGCGGACAGUGGUACCUGAAUGGCAACUAUUUGAUCAUCAUUGUGUCUAUCUGUAUUAUUCUUCCUCUGGCUACGAUGAGACAGCUUGGGUACCUGGGCUACACCAGUGGUUUCUCACUCACAUGCAUGGUUUUCUUCCUCAUCUCAGUCAUCUUUAAGAAGUUCAACAUCCCCUGUCCUCUGGAGGAUUUCACCAAUCACACAACAAUCAACAUCACAAUGGAAGGAGAAUGUGAGGCCAAGUACUUCACUGUCAACCAGCAGACAGCCUAUACAGUUCCUAUUUUGGCUUUUGCAUUUGUGUGCCACCCUGAAGUGCUGCCUAUCUACACUGAAUUGCGCAACCCCACUAAGCGCCGCAUGCAGAACAUCGCCAAUGUAUCCAUACUAAGCAUGUUUGUAAUGUACCUGCUGACCGCAGUCUUUGGAUACCUCACUUUUUAUGGAAAUACAGAGCCAGAGCUGCUACACACCUACAGUAAAGUGGACCCACUGGACACACUGAUCCUGUGUGUCAGACUGGCUGUACUGGUGGCUGUUACACUGACUGUGCCUGUGGUGCUUUUCCCGAUUCGGCGUGCUCUACUGCAGCUGAUUUUCCCAGAGAAACCUUUUCACUGGGCUCGUCACAUCUCCAUUGCUGUGUGCCUCCUCAUUGCUGUCAAUUUGCUUGUCAUCUUUGUACCCAACAUCCGAGACAUCUUCGGUAUCAUUGGUGCCACUUCUGCACCAAGCUUGAUCUUCAUCCUCCCCGGUCUUUUCUAUAUCCGCAUUGUUCCAGUAGAUCAGGAGCCAUUGCUUUCAAGAACAAAAAUUCAAGCUAUUUGCUUCACAGCCCUGGGUUUCAUCUUUAUGUCGAUGAGUUUAACAUUCAUAGCCCUGGACUGGAUUAAUGGAGAGAGCCGCAGCGGUGGGGGACACUAAUUCCCAACCACAAACACAAGGGGUCCAGUAUGCCUGCUCAGCAGAACAUCAUCUUGCGGUCCUUUUCCCUCAAAUCCAGUUUUGGAACCAGAGAGAAGAGCAAAAUAAACAAAUCACUGAUAGGCUGGGCCCAUCUCACCUCUGGUCCCUUCCCUCACUGAGUGAGUGUAGGACCUGCUUCCCACCAUAUUUCAAAUUAAAUAGAGGAGUGUUUUUGUGGUGGAGGAUCUUGGUCGAACAUGAUGACAUCAUGCUCUUCAUCACGCCUAAGCAGUCAUUUGCUUUGACAGUCCACAGAAAUAAAUCCCAAUUAGGUUUCUGAUUGCAACAGCUUAAAGAUGCAAAAUUCCAAAAGUUCUUUUGCAACAUCUGUAAGAUAAUCCCAAAAAAUAGAUUUUUUUUUGGUGUAUUUUCUUCUUUCGGGUUAAACAGGAAAAGUCUAUUUUUACUACAAUCCAAAAUCAAUGUAGUUUUGUCGAUUCUACUCAAUCUUGGUUUUAGAGCAAAUAGAUUUAAGCCAUGCACAUAUAGUACAUUAUUUCACCCUGUUGGACUGCUGCACUUCGGUUCUCAUUCUUAUCCAAAUUUCUCAGUCACAUCCUGGUCGCAAACCUUAAACAUAAUUGGUGAAAUUGGUAAUAACAUGAAAAAUAAACCACAUAUGAACUGCAUUAAAGCCACAAUCAGUGAUUUCUAAAGACAGUUCUGUUAACAGCAAAUGUAUUGCAUAAUGGCUAUUUUUAUGAAUAAUUUUAUGAAUAAUUUCUUUACAGUAUUUAAAGUGCCAAGUACAACUGGCAUUACCAUAAAAAAUACCAAAAAUGCUUAAUGUGAAUUCCCGGUGUAUAAACCUUGUUUCCGAACUUUUUAAAAUACCUUAUUAUGCCUCAAGUUAUUGCUUUCACUGUGGAUUUAUAGCAGAAUGGACAAAUUAGAAAGUAUAUUAAACAGUACAAAAAAAUGCAGCAUUACACUUUUUCUGAAUAGCAAAGGUAGCAAAUCUCUGUAAUUUAAUUCAAUGCUGAACUAUUAACUUUAAAGGAAAUCAUUCACUCAGUAGAAUAUGAGCAAAGACCCCAUCUGUAUUUUUUUCUCAAUGAAUGAGUGAAGCUUGACCAUUCAGAACUUACUUUGUGUUAUCUUCCAUCAUGGAUUUAUCAGCACUUCUACUGUGGCCUUUAAUUUUAGGUUGAUGUUUUGUUUUUUCUGGGCCACAGAUAAAAUCACAAAUUUCCAAAGGGAAAUAAUAAGAAGGAAAUGGACAAAAUAUAUAUAUAUUUUUUAAAGAUUUUUUUUUAAUUUCUAUCCUUGCAUUUAAGCCAAUAUGACAAUGCAGUAUCUGGUGGAAUUAAGGGUUAAAUUCCUCUUAGUGUAGAGGUCACUGUGAAAUUUGCUUUCAAAUGUAAACUAAUAUCCAUGUCCCAAAUAUAUCCACAUAUACACAUUUCAAUGAGACAAAUCUGCUGAUUUAAUGUAUUCAGCAUUGUUCGCUCAGUAAAGUGAGUCAGUUUGACAAAUUACAUCCUAUGAACUUGACAAUUUUACAUGUAUGCAGCUUAUCUGCACUGUUAGUAAUCUAGCUUACACUCAAGUAACUCAAACUUGUUUACUGUUUUUCCCCAAAUGCAAUGCUGCUCUUCACGUAUAGUGGUGUUGUUCUUUGUGUUGUUUAAACAGUUCUGCAUCUUCUCUGCAACCUUGAAUAAGAUGGUGCUAAUGUUUGAUGAAGUUACACAGAUUGAUAACAGGAUAUCCAUUGAUGCCAAAGAUACUUUGCCGCUGAUGAAGUUACUUCAUCAACUGUUCUUUUUUUUCUGUUUUGUUUACUGAUUUGGCUGUAGACUUGGUCAUUCUUACAGUUUUCAAUAAAGAUGAAUUCUGUAUAA